AGUUGAUAACGCAAGAGAGAAUAGAAUGCAAAAUAGCAUAGAGCCGAAAGAUUUGUAGAAAUAUCACGCUUCCUCUCGAAUGUCGUAUAUUGAUAGAAGCAACGUGUCGCGCAUCGCGUCUGGUUGUAAACUGUUCUUUCUGUUUCGUUAUAGCACCAAGUGACUUUCACUUUUCGAAACGGCCACUUCUCCUAUUGUCAUUGAUAGUCUCUCCACGGGAAGAAUAUGACUAUGAAGAUUUACCUGUGUAAACGUUAGACAAAAGUAAAACAUACAAAUUCGCCGGGAAACAAUAUAAUUGUUUAAUAAGAAGAGAGGAUAUUGUCACGUCAUCAUGAAUUUAUUCCGAGACCAAUUUUCGAUCGUAGUCUUUCUCCUACUCCUUGCUAGAUAUCAAGCAACAAACAACGUUGAUAAAGCAGCAUAUGCACAAGAUGAUACAAAGGAACCUACCGUUCUUGACUAUCGACUGCCGAAAACGAUCAUACCUACGAACUACGAAAUUAUACUUAUUCCGAAAUUAGAAGAUAAUUUUGAAUUCAAGGGAAUUGUACAUAUUAGUGCAUAUUUACAAAAGUCUACGGACACUAUAAUACUUCACCAUGGACGAAUGCAGAUAAAUUUGGUGACCGUUACGGUUGAUUUCGAGAAGGAAGAAAUUACGAAAACCGCGUAUAAUAAUCAAACGGAAAAAUACGAAAUUAAACUAAGCAAAGUCCUUAGUGCAGAAACAAACAUUACGAUCAAUUUUGAAUAUGUCGGUGAACUUAGGGACGACAUGAUUGGAUUUUACAAAAGCUCCUAUGUCGAUUCUAAUGGAAAAAUUAGGUGGCUCGCUUCCACACAAUUCCAAACAACGCAUGCAAGACAUGCUUUUCCCUGCUUCGACGAACCAAGCUUCAAGGCAACAUAUAUAGUCAGAAUUUUGAGGCCUGCACAGUAUUCUUGCUUGAGCAACAUGCCGCUAAACAGAAGCAUAGCAGCAAAUGAAACAUUUUGGGACGAAUUCAAGCAAAGCAUCCCUAUGUCGACCUAUUUGGUAGCUUUCGUUAUUUCGGACUUCACCCCCGUAAAAGUAAACAAUUUUAAAGUUUGGGCUAAACCAAACGCCGCUGAUCAAACUAAAUACGCUUUGAAGAUUGGUAUGCGGGGUCUUGAGUAUCUCUCGAAGCGAUUCAAGCAAAAUUAUCAAAUUUCAAAAAUGGACAUGGUGGCUGUACCCGAUUUUUCAGCCGGUGCAAUGGAAAAUUGGGGUCUUAUUACUUAUCGUGAAUCCAAACUGUUAUAUGAUGAAAACUCGACAUCUGAUGUCGCGAAACAAAGCAUCGCCUCUGUGAUUAUUCACGAAUUAACGCACAUGUGGUUUGGAAAUAUGAUUACACCGGAAUGGUGGAGCUACCUGUGGUUGAGCGAAGCGUUUGCAAGAUACUUUCAAUACUUUGGCACAGCACAGAUCGAGAAAUCAUGGAACAUGGAAGAUCAGUUCCUCGUGGAACAACAUCAAACAGCUCUUGCAGCUGAUGCUAUCGAGUCUUCUCAACCAAUGACGCGGAACGUCACAAAUUCAUCGCAAAUUAGCGGAGUGGGAGACACUAUUACUUACAAUAAAGGAGCCAGUAUCCUACGAAUGAUGAAUCUCGUUUUCGGAUCCGAUGUAUUUGAUGCUACGCUACAAAAUUACCUGAACAAUAAUGCAGAAAAAAAAGUGGCGAGACCACAAAAUCUCUGGUCGGAACUUCAAGCUGAAAUCAAUCGUAAGAACAUACAACUUGGCACUUCUGUCGAAGAAAUUAUGUCCACGUGGACAGAACAAGCCGGAUUUCCGGUACUAAAGGUCUUCAUUGAAAAUGGUCAGGCUACUUUGCAGCAAGAACGUUUCCUGUUGAGGAAUAUGAAAUCCACACCUAUCAACGUGAAAUGGUGGAUACCCAUUACGUGGACUACUCAAGAAAAAAUGAAUUUCAAUCAAGUAAAUGUGAUGUAUUGGUUGACACAUGAACGCGAAACAAUUAAACUUAAUAAAUCUUCAGGAUGGGUGAUAUUCAAUGUUCAAUCAGCUGGUUUCUAUCGCGUAAAUUAUGACAAUGCUUCCUGGUAUCGCAUUAUCGAUGUUUUAAAUAGUAAAAACUAUCAGGACAUACAUGUCCUUAACAGAGCCGCUCUGGUUGACGAUUUGUUGAAUUUAGCAAGAGCUGGUUUGCUUGAUUACCGAACUACUUUGGAUGGUUUGCAAUAUAUUACACGAGAAAGGAAUUACUUGCCAUUCAAGGCUGCAUUCUCUGGGAUCACGUAUCUUGAUCAACGAUUAUCUGGAGAUAAUGAAUAUUAUAAACAUUUCAAGGAAUUUGUUCUCGUCCUCAUCAAAGAUGUAUACAAAGAUAUUGGGUAUGUGGACCGUCCAAGUGACGAUAGAUUAACAGUAUUAUUGAGAGGUGAAUUGAACAAGUGGGCUUGCAACUAUGGUCACAAAACCUGCGUGCAGACAUUCACUAGAAUGUUCCAACAAUGGAAAAAAUAUAACAUAACGAUUAAACCCAACCAGCGACCUGUCGCAUAUUGCAUGGGCGUGAAAUAUGGAACGAAAGAAGACUGGGAAUUCUUAUGGAAUAAAUAUAAUAAUUCAAACUCCGCAACUGAACAAAUGGUUAUACUAGAGGCACUCGGUUGUACCGAGGACGCUGUUCUCUUAGAGAAAUACCUGUUAUACGCGCUAAAGAAUUUUGAAGAAAGUAGAAUUCGAAUGCAAGACAAUUCUGCCGUAUUCUCCGCAGUUCACAGUUCCAGUAUUUUUGGCGCAGAGUUUGUGCUGAAUUUCGUCUCGAAACAUUCCACUGAAAUGAUCAAAUUUUAUAACGGAACAAAGACAAUUUCAAGUAUCUUGUCAUCAGCCUCGAAACGUUUCUCCACUCAAGAAUUAGUGGAUAAAUUUGAAAAUAUGAUCAAGCAACACCAAGUUGAAUUCGAGAAUAUCUUAGAUUCGUUGAACAAUUCAUUAGAACUAACAAAAUACGAAUUGUCGUGGUUGAAAAAGUACACUAGACCAAUUAUGUCAUGGAUAAUUGAUUUCAAUGACAAGCACCGCGAAGAUACGGAUUAUUAUCGUCUACCCACGAGCAUUACUCCUAACUCUUAUUCCAUCUGGAUAACCACUGAUUUAAGCGAACUCGACAAUUUUACAUUCAAAGGAUCAGUGAAGAUUAAAGCAACCGUUACGAACAAAACGAAGAAUAUCACUUUACAUUCGGCAGGCUUAAUCCAUGAAAAGAUGUCCGUGGUCGUAGACAGUCAGAAUGUGACUAUUGUAAAACCUGUUGUUUACGAAAAGUAUGAUUUCCUAGUACUCGAGUUGGAAAAAGAAUUGCAAGUUGGACAAAAAUUAGUUAUUACGAUAGAUUAUAAGGGAUAUUUAAAUGAGAAAGAGAUGCGUGGAUUUUAUAGAAGUUCGUACAUUAAUGAAGAUGGUCAAACAAGAUGGUUAGCUGCCACGCACAUGGAACCAGUUGGAGCUCGAAAGAUGUUUCCUUGUUUCGAUGAACCAGCAAUGAAGGCAAACUUCACAAUGAAUGUCCUGAUACCACAGAACUACACCGCUAUUAGCAAUAUGCCAGUGGAAUAUACGCAUCAAAAUCAGAACACAACGAAGACAAUUAUUUUUAAAGAAACUCCCAAAAUGUCGACGUACUUAGUGGCUUUGAUAAUUUCUGACUUUGUUUCGGUGAAAGACGCCAGGGAAAUUUAUGGAGUAUGGGCAAGACGAAACGCAAUCGAAGAUGGAAAAUAUGCUCUAUCUGUUAUGAACCCUCUCGUUAAUUUCUACGAGACAGCAGUGAAUAUCUCAUACCUGUUGCCUAAACUCGACAUGGUUGCGUUACCUGAUUUUGUGUCAGGUGCAAUGGAAAAUUGGGGUCUAUUGACAUAUAAAGAAAGAAACAUACUAUAUGAUCAUGAUUCAUCGACCACAGCAUCAAAACAGAGUAUAGUAAACGUGAUAUCACACGAAAUCUCUCAUCAGUGGUUUGGAAACCUUGUCAGUCCAAAAUGGUGGAAAUAUUUAUGGCUGAAUGAAGGCUUUGCAAGGUAUUUCCAGUAUUUUGGAACUGAACAUGUGAAACUUAAAUGGUCUUUGGAGGCUCAGUUUGUUGUGGAACAGCUUCAUUCAGCUUUUGAAACAGAUAGUUCAAUAUCCACUCAUGCUAUGACUCAUGAUGUCUGGAAUCCAACACAAAUUAGAGGAAUAUUCGAUUCGAUAUCUUAUGCAAAAGCUGCUAGCGUGAUAAGAAUGAUAGAAAAAGUAUUGGGUCGUCGUUCAUUUUAUGGAGCUCUUGCGAGUUACUUAAAGAAACGACAAUAUGAUGUAGCUACGCCAGAAGACCUUAUUGAUGCAAUUAGCGAAAAAGUCGAAGAUCAGAAAAUAAAAGAUUCAAUUCCCGAUAUUAUGAACAGCUGGACUACUCAGCCUGGUUAUCCUGUAGUUCAUGCUAACAUAGAUAAUAAUCGUUUAACGCUGAGACAACAGAGAUUCUUUUUGAAUCCAGAAGAAUCGUCAACUGAUCGUAUUUGGUAUAUUCCUAUCAGUUGGACGAAUCUUAACGAUUCGGACUUUCAAGACACAAAACCAAAAUACUGGUUCAAGAGUGUUCAAGAAAGCAUUAUAUUACCAAGUAGUGAUUUCUACUUGCUAAACGUUCAACAAUCAGGUUAUUAUCGGGUAAACUAUGCACCUGAUAACUGGAGCGACAUAAUCAAGUUUUUGAAAAGUGAUCGAUUUAAUAUAAUACACGAAAUUAAUCGUGCAGCACUUAUCGAUGAUUUGUUAAAUCUUGGCAGAGCUGGAUAUGUUGAUUACCCUACUGUUUUAAGUGCAACACAAUAUUUAAGCAAGGAAACCAACUACAUUCCAUGGCGUGCAUUUUUCAACGGCUUGACUUAUUUGCAUAAACAAUUUGAAGGAAAGGAAAGUUACAAAGCGUUUGUGCGAUAUCUAAGCUCGCUCUUAACACCGGUAUAUGAUAAACUUGGAUUUGAGGAUAAGGAAAAUGAUGACCACGUCACCUUGUUGUUCAGAUCACACAUUCGCAAGUGGGCAUGUAAAGUAAACAUAGCAAACUGCAAAUCUCGAGCUUUAUCUUAUUUUAAUGCUUGGGCCAACAAUGAAAUAACAAUGGCAAGCUUUCCACCCAAUAUUCGUAGUGUAUCGUAUUGCACGGCUGCUGAACAGAAUGAUCCUGAAUCCUGGAAUCGUUUGUGGGGACUUUAUUCAGAUACGACAUUUCCUGAACAAAAGUUAAUAAUUCUCCAAUCUUUAGCCUGUGCUACUAAAGACGAAUUUCUUGACCAGUUACUUCACACAGUACUCUCAAAUAAGCAGGUACGAUUUGAAGAUAGUUCAAGCGUUUUCACUUCCGUUAUUAAUUCGGGGCCGAAGGGAGUCGAAUUCGUAAUAAAUUUCAUUGAAAAAAAUUACGAAAAAAUGAUCAGCUACUUCGAGCAAAUUUCCAGCGUCAACAGUAUCGUAAACGCGAUUGGGAAAAAAGUAUUCACAAACAAAAUUUAUGCAAAGUAUGUCGAGUUACUCAAUUUCUUAAACAAGAAACAGCCAAUGGAAAACUUCAAGGCUUUCUCGGAUUACGCAAAACACGAAUUAAAAUGGGGUCAAGAGAAUAUCCCAGGGAUAUUCCAGUGGAUCGAGGAACAAUAUCCAUCGAUGAAUUAUCGUUUACCAAAAUCAUUUUCUCCAUUAAGAUACAAUAUUACAUUGUCUCCAUAUUUUGCCGAAAACAAUUUUAUAUUUACUGGCAGAGUACAAAUAGAAAUGAAACGUAACGUAGAUUAUAUAUCCCAUAUAGUCCUUCAUUCCAGCAAACUUGAAAUCACAGGGCUCUCACUGCAACCGAAAAACUCUACUUUAAACAAUGAAAACAGCGUAAGCGGUCUGCAACAAAAUAAUGAUACUGAGACGCUCACAAUAUUCAUGAAGAGAUUCAUUCAAGCUAACGAACUUGUCCUUGAUAUCAUAUUUACUGGUAAAUUGAACGAUGAUAUGAUAGGAUUUUAUCGAAGUUACUAUAUCACCGAUGAAGGAAACAUUCGUUGGUUGGCUGCGACUCAGUUUGAAGCAACUUAUGCGAGACAGGCUUUCCCUUGCUUCGAUGAACCAGCUUUCAAAGCAAAGUUUGUAAUAAACAUGGAAAGACCUAAGGAUUAUAAGGUGCUGAGUAAUAUGCCUAGAGAUUCGCUAAUUCCACUGAUUACAUCCAAUCGUGUUGUAGAAACUUUUAAAGAAACAGUCAGUAUGUCAACAUACCUGGUGGCAUUUGUAGUCAGCGACUUUGAUCCUACAAUAAAUACAUAUUUAGGAGUAAACAUAUGGGGUAGACCCAAUAUUGCUCAGAAAGGCUAUUUAGCCGAAAUCGCAGCAAGGAGAAUCCUUGAUUAUCUUCAGAUGGAAACAAACCAUGAAUAUACAUUGCCAAAAUUGGAUUUAGUCGGAAUUCCAGAUUUCUCAAUGGGUGCUAUGGAAAAUUGGGGCCUUGCUACGUUCAGAGAGUACGGACUCUUUUAUGACAAGAAAGUAACAUCAGCUAAACAGAGGAUCUAUAUAAUAACUAUAAUUGCUCACGAGAUCGCGCACAUGAUGUAUGGAAAUCUGGUCACCUGCGAUUGGUGGGAAUACUUAUGGUUGAACGAGGGUUUCGCCGAAUAUAUGCAAUGGCGUCUUGCUGAAAUGUUCGAAUCAGACUUUGGUUACAACGACUUAUUUGUGGUUGAAGAACUACAGCCAGCGAUGGAAGAAGAUGCCUUGCUGACAACGCAUCCCAUGAGUAAUGCAGUUACUACACCUGACGAAAUCGAAAAAACUUUUGACGGCAUUACUUAUGGAAAAUCGGCUAGUGUCAUACGAAUGAUACAAAAAUCACUGAAACCAGAAACCUUCAAAGAAGCUAUGUACCUGUAUUUGGACCGACAUAAAUACCGUACUGCAACUCCAAACGAUCUUUGGAAAGCUUUCGAUGAUGCGAUGAUGAAAACAAAUGAUUUACACUGCUGGUUGAAUAUGUCAAAUUUCAUGUCUGGUUGGACUAAUACAAAGGGAUAUCCGGUUGUCUCUGCGAAGUCAGAAGAACAUGCUAUAAUAUUGUCUCAGAAAAAUUUCAUUACAUCAGAAACUUUCGAGGAAUUCUGGAUACCCAUUACGAUGACAACUGCUUCUGAACUGAAUUUUUCGGUUACUACGACUGAUACUUGGCUACAAGGAUUUUCAAUAACUAUUCCAUACAAUUCUCAGGAAGAAUGGUUUAUUUUGAAUAUUCAGCAGAGUGGUUACUAUCGAGUGAAUUAUGAUACUAAAUCAUGGAAUCGUCUGAUCAACGCCCUAAAGAACGCUAAUCAUACACUAAUACAUGUGACCAAUCGAGCUCAAAUUAUCGAUGAUCUCUUGAAUCUGGCACGAGCUGAUUGGAUCACCUAUGGCCUCGCGUUGAAUGGGACAACCUAUCUGGUAAAAGAACAAGAUUACAUACCUUGGAACGCAUUUUUCACUGGAAUGAAUUUCCUUCUGAAACGAUAUCAAGGAAAUUAUGGAGAAGAUAUGCUGAAAAAGUACAUUAGACUAUUGGCAGCUGACCGAUUUGAAAAGAUCGACUUCGAAGACAAUAAUGACGAACAAUUCCACAUGGAUGAAUUGACCAAAGAUUUGAUGCUAUCCUGGAUGUGCAAACUGAAUCAUACAGAGUGUGUGGAUAAGUCUAUCGACCUAUUCGCCAAGUGGCGCGGAAAUGAUACAUAUACAAUUUCACCAAAUGCCAGGACAGCUGUUUAUUGUACAGCCAUAAGAAGUGGAUCUCUAGCAGAGUGGGAAUUCCUAUGGGAUCAAUAUUUGAAGACAAACUUUGCUUCGGAGAAGAAAAUCAUAUUAGAGGCUCUAGGUUGCUCCAUGGACAAAGAAGUAUUGAACUCCUAUAUUGAACAUGCAUUGACGUAUAACUACACCGCUAAUAUUCGAAAGCAAGAUGUUAGCACCGUAUUUGCUUCUGUCUACAAGUCUGGAAAAUUUGGAGUGGAUGUGAUGUUAGACUACCUAGUUAAUAAUUAUGAAAAUAUAUAUAAUUUUUACGAGGACUGGGAUGGUGUAGAAGAAUUAAUUUCUAAACUGGCAUCUCAUAUUUCAGUGGAGGAUCAAAUUACAAAGCUGAACGAGUUAAGUAUCAAAGUGGGCAACAUCACAAACAUAGUAGUAAGCAUCAAAGCUGCGAAUACAUCUGCUUCGAGCAACCUACAAUGGUAUCGAAAUCAUUCCAGUGUGAUUAAUGAUUGGUUGCGAGAAAUGAUUCGUGUUAUGCAAGAUAAAAACCCAGCUCCUACAGUUGUUGCGAAUAACUUAAGUAUAAUUUCUAUGACAGUAUUUUCAUUAAUUGCUUACAUAAUGAGUCAAUAGAUAUUACAUACAUAUGUGUAUAUUAAUAAAGGUAUAUAUCAUACGUUCUUCGAAUGCACAUUAAUAUAUAUGCAUAUUAAACAAUUUGUAAACUAUGUUUUAAAUAUAUUGUGAAAUUUAAACAAUUAGUAUUAAUGGUAUUAUUUUAAAAUAAAGUUAUGUACAUUAUUUUAAGAAUAUAACAA